AAAGAAAGGGUUAAACUGGUGGCGCUCUUACACUCCCUUGAAUCUAUUUUUUUUUAACCAGGAGUUCUCGGGCGGCAUCAACAGAGGAUGUUGGGUGAUUUUUCAGGAUGAUCUGCAACGUCUGACCCAGGGAUCAAAACAUCCUAAAUUAUGGAAGAGAGCAGCAGCCUGAACGGAUGUUUACUGCAAUAGAAACUGACAUCUUUUUUUAGGAAGAUUUCUCUUUUCUGCAAGUUUUAAUAAUGCGGUGUUUGGAUCUCGGCAGAUCCGCCGUGAUUGUGCUCUGUCUUUUAGGAUGCAAUAUCUGGAAAGCAGUAACGGAAGCUCUGCGAGAGGAUAGCGACGCCAAAGAAGUGGCUCUGAAGGUCCACCUGAGUGACGCCAACACUCACCAACCUCUCUCCGAUGCCACCGUGGAGGUCUUCGCCAAUCACACCCCUGUCGCUAGGGAGACCUCCGGCAGCGACGGCAACAUCUUCAUCAGGUUCCCGUAUCGCCUCGGUGACCUGCUUGUCAUCACAGCUACCAAGCGCGGCUAUGUCCCUAACUCCACCCCAUGGAGACCAGCCAGGCUGCCUGUUUUCUCAUCGCUGAGCCUGGAUCUGCUUCCUGAGAGAGCUGCUACUUUAAUAGUGUAUGAUGACGAGGUUCAAAUCGUCUCUGGAUACCAAGGAUCGAGGCUUCAGCCGUGGGUUCAGUUCCAGAGGCGAGCUCUGAGUCUUCCUCCUAACGCCACCUACACCAACCUGACCGCCUUCCUCACUGUGACUCACUCGGGGCAGAACACACAGCACUUCCCGUACCUGCAGGGCCUCGGUUCUAACAGCACAGGCAGCGACCGCAGGUUUGAGCUGACCCCUGUAGCUGCCAUCAGCGUUCACCUUUUGGGCAGCGAUGGGGCGGAGCUUCAUGUCAGCGAGCCAAUCAGUGUGAGUGUUCCUCUCCCUGUGAAUAGCGGCUUGAAGGAGAAUGACCACAUUCCUGCCUGGAGGUUCGAUCCCAAACUCGGAGCCUGGUUGAAGAGCAGUUUGGGCUACGUGCAGAGAGAAGGAGGAGGUGAGCUCAUCCUUACCUAUAUCGCCCCUCAGCUUGGUUACUGGGUAGCAGCCAUGUCUCCUAUAAACACAGGUCCUGUAGUUGCAAAGGACAUCAGCACAUACCACACUGUGUUCCUUUUGGCCAUACUGGGAGGCAUGGCCCUCAUCCUGCUCUUCCUCCUCUGUCUUCUGCUCUGUUACUGCAGGAGAAAGUGCUCACGCUCGAGACGAGCUCACCAGAAGUACACUCUCACCUCGUCGCUGGAGAGCUCCAAAAGAGACCAAGCCACGUCCAUGUCCCACCUCAACCUCAUCAACGAGACCCAACUGGACCAUGUGGGGGUGGAACCAGACCUGCACACACCUAUGCUGAAAGUCAUCGCUCAUGACUCCUCCACCAAUGAGCUGGUGUCAUCUCGGAACGAGCUUGGGAGUCGCUCCCAGCGAGAAUAUCGCCGCAGCUACACCUCCAUCGUCUCGUCAACCGUCCAUCCUCUGCAAGUAUCUGCUUCAUCUUCAUCCCCGUAUCCGCUGCACCACGCUGCCUCAGCAGGCCGCCUGUCCUCGGAGAGCAAGGCCAGUCCACACGAGCUCCGCCUUUCUCCAUCCACGACUUCACCCACAGCUUCACCAGAGAGGGAUCUGGGGGUGGAGCAUCGUCCAUCUGACUUCCUGCUCUCACGCUCAGUGGAUCAACUAGAACGCCCUCCAGGCCUUCUGCCCCGCCCAGGAGCACUGCUCUGCUGCACGUCUGAGCUCCAGGUAAGCCAGGGCGGAGCCGGAUAUCAGAAAGGCCGGCCCACUUUGCUAAUCCCUGCCCACUAUAUGCGGCUACCUGGGACACACCCUCUCUCAGGACAAGCGCUUCUGCUCCAGUCAGAUGAGCGGAGCGAGCUCGAGAGCAUCCGUGCAGAGCUUAAUGCAUCCCAUCAGCCCCAAGCUGAAGUGGGGCAAGUGGACCACGUGGGCGAAGGGGUGGAGGAGGGCAAAGUAGGAUCGAGGGAGGCAGGUGGAGGUACAGUGGAUGAGUGGCCGGCAGCACUACCUGAAGCCUUGUCUAUCCCCAACUCGCUAAGUGAGGCAACGCUUGGGGUGGUGCAGAUGAAUGGAGAAGAUCAGCUACUGGCUGAGAAGACGUUAAUGGAGCUGAGAGGUGGGAAGCCCCUCCCACACCCACGAGCCUGGUUUGUGUCACUGGAUGGCCGCUCGAAUGCACACAUCCGCCAUUCCUACAUCGAUCUGCAGAGGGCAGCACAUGGCGCCGGCUCUGUUGGCAGCAACGAUGCCAGUCUGGACUCGGGCGUAGACGUGAGUGAUAUCACACCAGGCCGCAGGGCCAAAGGUCAGGAAAAGGCCCAGGUUAUGUCACCCACUGUGGCAUGCACAUCACUGAUAUUUGUGGAGGGUACUAAGGCUAAUGGUAAUGCUAAUGCUAAUGCUCAUUCAGAACCCAAUGAGAGUGAGAGCCAAACUCCCGCCUGCAGUCCGGAAGAAAACUCGCUCAGGCCCUUGUUGCCCAAAGCUGAGAUCGAGGAAGAGACUAUAAUGCCUUCUUCACCUCCAUUGCUACCAACUCCUCCACUCCCGUCCCCUCCUCCGCUCCCAGAUCCCACCGUGGAGGAGGAAGACGAGUCAAGAGGAGAAAAAGAACAGAUAGUGAGGACUGAGCGUGCCCAAACGCACCUUAAGCUUCCCUCAAGCAACAGCGCCCCAGAUGGUUUGGCUGCUCCCGAGGACAGCGAUGAGAACAAGAAGAGUCCGUGGCAGAAGCGCGAGGAAAGGCCACUGCUUGCCUUUAACCUCAAAUGACCCCUGACUUUUGGCCUUUUUACCUGUGGAAUUGCCUUUUGGCUGAAGGAUUUUGGGUCUGACUUUUACAUUACUUGUAAAAGUGAAAAGCUGAAGCAACUGAAAUCGAUAAUCGCUUCCUGGAACUUGCUUGUGUAUGAACAAAAAGCAUUCUGCUAAACACAUUUAUGCACAACAGCUAUGCCUUUUUAAACAAACUGCAAACGAAAGCCAUUGUAUGAAGGUGAGAUGUUUAGCUUUAUGAACUGCUGCUGGUGUUCAGGUAAGCAAUAGGAUCUUCAACUGGCAGCAUACAGCACUGAGCGUUGCGUCUUGUCCACAGUAAAUGUUUAAUCACAUGUUCGUCCACUGUGUCCCAGCACUUAGCUGAACAAAAUCACUCAGUCAUAGAUUAGCAAAGUCUUCCUUAAAUUAAUCUGUGACUGAAUGUCGAGUCUGUAAAGAUGUUGUGUCCUGUGGUUUCAGUCUCUCCAGCGAGUGUUUGCUUUUUUUUAUGCAUCAGAGGCGAGUUUUGAAUCUUUGGCAUCAAUCGAAUGCAGUAUUUCCUCCUUAGUACGAUAAUCCAGUCAGUGUAUCCACUGUAGCAUCUGUGAACUUCCUGUUGUGCUUCACACUUGAUAUUUGAGACACACAGCUAUGCAUUGCUUUAAUUCUGGUUAAAAAAAUUUUCAUUAUUAUUAUUUGAAAGUGUAUUAUGUGUUUUCAUUAUUGUAUUCACUGUUUUUGAUGUUAAACACAAUGUAAGUGAACAUUUUUUUUCAGCAAAAGUAGUUAUUUUUCCUUUUGCUUGUCAUACACACAAAAUGCUCUGUCUGUCUGAAGUGCCUAUGUAGCAGAUGCGUUACAAUCCUCAAGCCUCCUUGCAGAUUAGAUCCUAUCACAUAUCUGCUUUGUAUUUUUUUUUUUUUUUUUUGUAUUUUUGGAAAUGUAGUGCAUAAACCUUGUGUGUGUUUGUACGUGUACAGUGUAUGAAUGAUGUGUCUCUCCUGUGAAUUUCUCCACCUGUAGAGACCGAGUGCAUAUUUCAGAGUGUUUUUGCGUGCUUGGGAGUUUGUGUAUAAAUCAAUAUGCUACACUUGUUUGCGGUUGUCGCUCCUAGGCCAAAUGCAGUGUGUGUGUUUGUGUGUGUAUCAUUGUAUGAAUAUGAAAGCUGGCUGUGAUGCCCUUUAUAACUGUGACAUAACCACUUUGCAAUCACUCCCCAACAAUCUCCUUUUGAAUGUCUGGACUGGUUGCUUAUGAUAUAAAUGAGUCCAACUAUCCACAAUUUUAAAAAUCCAAUUUUAAUUAAAGCUACUUAUGAUUUUGAGAAUCAGUGCUAGUAUUAAACACCUAUUGCAAAUGCUUAA